AUGAAAAGUUACAACAAAUCCUACAAAGUCGCAGGAACCAUCGCUGUUAUUGGUUCAGUGGCUGCUUUAGCUCUUAUAGGCAUAAAUAUCUCUCAAAGAGAUCUCCAUUAAGACACCAACUUGGCUGUUAAGAUUGAUCCUGUAAUUAAUACUGCUUUCAACAAUUUUGUUGCAAAGCAACAGAGAAGUUUCUUGACAAAGUCUGAAUUCAAUGCUAGAAUGGCUAUCUUUAGAGAUAACUAUUAAGCGAUUCAGUAGCAUAAUGCUGAGCCCGGUAGCUCAUAUAAACUUGGACUAAACGACUUUAGUGAUAGAUCAAUUGAGGAGAUAAGAGGAAUUAUGACUUUCAUUGAACCUAUUGAUUCUGAAUAAGAUCAUACUAGCGAGGGUGAAGUUAAAAAAUUCUAGAGUGAUGGACUUUUAAAGGCUCCUUAAUCUAUUGAUUGGAGAGACUAAGGUGCUGUGACCUAGGUUAGAAAUCAAGGUAGUUGCGGAUCCUGCUUUUCGUACUCUGCUGCAAGUGCCGUUGAAGGAGCAUAUAAGGUUAAAACUGGAAAGCUAGUUGAAUUCUCAAAUCAAUAGAUUCUAGAUUGCAGUGGCAACGGUAACUAAGGUUGUAGAGGUGGUUAUAUGACUAACUCUUUCAAAUAUCUUUAGUCGGCAAAGCUUAUGAAAUACGACGAUUAUCCCUAUAUUGGAAAGGCAGGUAUGUGCAAGUAUGAUGCCUCUAAAGGUGUAGUCGGAGUGUCAAGUUAUACCGCUCUCCCAGCUAACAAUCCAGCUGCAUUAUUAGAAGCAGUAUCUAAACAACCAGUUUCUAUCGCAAUGGCUGCAACAUCUCUUCCAUUUUUCCAAUACAAAUCUGGAGUUCUCGAUAGCACCGCUUGUGGAACAAAUCUUAACCAUGCUCUUCUCCUUAUUGGAUAUGGAAAUGAUGCUACAUCAGGCAAAGAUUACUGGCUAGUUAAGAACACCUGGGGAACUAAUUGGGGUGAAAAAGGUUACAUCAAAAUCAAAAGAGACAACGUGACUGGUCCAGGCAUGUGUGGAAUUCUUAAGAUGUCAUCUUAUCCAACUCUUUGA